GGGACUCGAGUCGAGUCAGUCCACGCAAACGACCCGCCGAACGAUCCCCCAUCUUUUUCGAAGCGUCCACAUCUCACAAAGCAUCCUACUUUUUCUCUUCUUGUCAUUGAACAACACAGCAAGCAAAGGAACACCACAAGCACCUUUCUCUACCUUUCGUCUUCUUUGUAAGCCAUGAGGAAAUCGAAUGUCUCUACUCUUCGCCUUCUACGCGCUGGUUGCCAGUCGCUCGGCUUCUUCUGGCUUUGCACCGCGUCAUUGGUCUCCCAUGCCAAUGCCAACGACUCUGAUUCGACCAGCUGUGGAUUUAGCCGCUUUGACAGUGGAGACUUUUGUCCCGAAGGAUGCUACGCUCAAUGGGUGCCUGGUAUUACGGAUGGAGUAGACUGUACGGUGACGUCUCCUGGGUACUUUAGCUUGGACGGACACUACGAGCGCAAAGCUUGCGAAGUUGGCUACUAUCAAGACUCUCAUCGCGCGUCGUCGUGUCUCCCUUGUCCUCCUGGAUCGUUCAGUCGAGAAGUUGCUUCUGCAGAGUGUACACCGUGCCCUUCUGGUCACUACCAGCUGGAUGUUGGCCAGACUACUUGUUUCCCAUGCAUGACAACCAUCUUUGAUGGCCUCGGCUCGGACUCGGUAAUCACGGAUCCAGAUGGAGAGUUUCUCUGCACCAAACGUCCCACUCCAUGGCCUUCCAGCUCUCCUUCAUACAGUAUCUCACCCUCAUUCAGUCCUUCGAUGAUGCCGUCCAUGUCUCUUCCACCGACCCAUGAUCCAACCACCACUCUUCCGACUGCGAUUUCAACGACUGCACCGACCAACGACAAUGGCGCCGCUUCGCAAACACUUCUCCCUUCGACGACUGACAUUCCAUGGACAACCGAGAGUCCUACCUUGUCGCCAUCGGCACAGGACAAUGGACCUGGCCGUGGUCGAGGAGGUUUGAAUCGCAAUCAAAAAAUCGCUGCCGGCACAUGCGCGGCCAUCUUCGUUGCAGUCGUCUUCUUCAUGCCUCUUCUAUCGAAGAUUCGGCCCAAUCGCGAUGAAGACAGCACGUCGUCCGAAUUGGAAGCAGAGACAUCGAAGGAGGCUGUCGGCGACAAAGUUCCAGACAGGUUGGAGCUGGCAGAGCGAGGACACGUCGAACAAAUUCCGGCCGUCAUGGUUGGCGUCGAAGGAGACAACAAUCACCAGCAGCAUCGCCAUUAUUAUGCCCAUCGACAUCGUAUUGGUGAGGCCCCAGCGUUUCUUUCUCCCGUCAUCCCGGUGCACCGCGACAACAACCAAGUUCCGUUUCCGCCAGCUGAAAACGUCGCUGCCGCCACGGUCACGCCGUACCCAGAUGGCGAGGAAGAUGACGAAGAAACCAAGGUGCCAGAUGAUUCUUUCGAGACCAUCUCGACCUACGCCUAUACCGAUCCCUACGUCACGAAUGGCUUUCCAACGAAUGGUUCUCCCGAAGCGAUUCGAGAUCUCACGUACAACGAGACAUUGCAUGAGUCGCAAGAUGUGGGGGAAUCCUUCACGGCUGUGAUGCAAGACGGAGAUGAACAAUACUUGGACCAGGGAGAUUACAACGACGGAGAUGAACAAUAUUUGGACCAGGAAUACGACGAUACCGGUUUCUACCAGGAAGACGAUUUGGAGGAACCAACGUCAUGGGAAGAACAACAAGGAAUCGCGCUGUACUCAAACGAAGAAAAUUGCUAUCGCCAGGAGGACCAGAACCAGGAGGCCUACGAACAAGCUGGCUACUUUGGUUGGCAGGUUGAUGGCUACGAAGCAGACAACUCUCGGAUGAGUGCGCCUGGAAACGACGAGGAAGGGGCCGAAUUCGACUACUCUUUCAGUCCAAUGUCCGGUAGCAGCCAUCCCUAUUAGAGUAUCUGCUGUUUGCUGUGCACUCGAUCAUGAUACCUACUGAUGAGGCACUGCUAAGCAAGCAGAGCCAUCUAAGCUUCUCUAACUAGUCCUCACUACGAAGGAUAUAUGAGUUUCCCACACUCUGUACCGAACCGUUGUAAUCUAUAAUUUCAGUCUAAAAGUAUUUCUUUACUC